UUUCGACGCCUGGCAUUGUAACAUUCUACGACAAGGCACUACGGGAGAUUAAUCCCUCGAGAGACCCUAGAAAAGCCAUUAAUCAGAUAAAUUUCCACGACAUGGCUUCGGUUAGAGAAGUCAGUUCUUGUUUCAACAUAAAAACACCGGAUGAAAGAAAGAUCUUUCGGUUUUGUUAUGCUUGGAAAAGGCUGAAAGUCACCUUUUGUAAAUUACUGUACUUAUGAAUAACGAGGACGACAACUUUUGUUCCUGUGCUUGCCUCGUGGCUCAUUAGCUUUAAUAAGUAAAUUUCGCCAUGCGACACAUUGCUGAUUUUUAAUCUUGGUAACUGCCCUUAGCCUUGUAAAUCUAAGGAAAUCCGCUCAAAUUGAACUUAGAAAUGAUUUUGAAGAAUGAAUAACCAGCUUAUUAUAUAACAGAUUUAAAUUUAAGAACAACUGCUUAGCAUUUAUUCGCAUUACUUAUUUCAACCGUGAGAAUGAUGCCUAACUGAGAAUGAGACUGAAAAACACAUUUUUAUAGAUCUAUAUGACUUAUAAAAGAGACCCUCAAAGGAAAUUGUACCGAAAAAUUGCAUGUCGCCAUCGAAUUCCGCUUAGCAUCACAAUUAGAAAAAUGGUUUGCAAAGGUAGACCGAGAAUAGCUCCUGAUCAUUAGCUUUAUUUCAUUGUUAUAGCAUUGAUCAAUUCGACAACUUGUGCAAAUUCAAAUUAACUGAAAUUCACGCUAAUUUAAUGUUUCAUCUUCUGACAACGAUGUGCUCAAUGAUAUACACAUAACGCUCUAGAAUCUUGGUCGAACAAUUAUGAGGUGCUCUUGGAAGCAUCACAUGGCCGUCAUCUCAAAUACCGAGUGCAGUGAAACUUCCCAUUUCUUUCCUUACAAGGAGGAACUGAGAGUUUUGCACCGGGCUUUUUCCAAGCACCCCUUAGCUAUCCCAUUGUACCGGUCAAGCACAGGCUUUCUUCCAUGGAUAACGAAAUGUCCAACCGCUGUUCCCGCGCUUUCCUUAGAGAGACCCGUUCAACCGCCUCCUAUUCUCCUUCCCCCUAAAUAUAGAGAGCUUUUGGCAUGUCUGGUUUCUGCUUUUAACCUUAUUUUGCCCCCUUGAAUCCGGGUCAAAAUAACUGGUUGUUGAUUGACUGGCAAGGCAAGAAAUUGGAACAGACAAGCGCGUCCCAACCAGAUCUGUGUCUGCAACAUGUCAAUCCAUCUUCAUUCCUGACCAAGCACGGAAGUCAUAAGAACUCGUUGUCUCUCGUCGAAGGUCGACCAUUUCGAGCAUUAGGAAGACAUCUUCAGAGCGCGACAGCCUCUUCCGCCGCCAGCCAUUCGACAUCUUUGAUCUCCCAUACCGAAUUGUUUAGCAAUCCUUAGAAUGGCGUUGUGCCGGUCGGGCCGAGCAAUGGCAAGCUGGCCGAACUUCUAUUCCUGACUAACUGUCAACGGAUGCCGGAUUGCCUUGGCGUUUUCCUGACAUAAUCAUACAUCUGAAGCUCCGGAGCCAGCCUAGAACGACCGCCAAUUCUCAGGAGGAAUGCCGACGAAGGUGAAGGGCCUCCUCAAAGGCCUGAGAUAUAUUUCGCAUAUAUUCGACAACAAAAAGGAGCAAGAAUUGCAGAUCGGGUUACCCACGGACGUAAAGCACGUCGCUCACAUCGGAUGGGAAGGCCCCUCCGCCAACGCCCCGAGUUGGAUGCACCAGUUCGAUUCGACUCCGCAGCUCACGUUGCAGCCAGUUGAUCCUCUGGAAGACGCCAUAGACCCUUCCGUCCAAUCUCCAUCGGAAGCGGAUAUGAAGCAAACCGGGGCAGGAAGCCCGGACACGCUCUUGCGAAGCAUUAAGGAUGCACAGGACUCACCAAGACACCUACUAUCUAAAGGCUUUGGCUCACCUCAGAGCUCACCUUCCAAGCGUGCCUCUAGUGCAACGAGGCAUCUGAGGCGGCACCGCAAAUCAGCCUCAUCCACUGAUUCCCUGACUCAAGAAUCAUUGCGCACCACCCGACAUUCUAGAAAAAACCAGAAUUUGGGUCUUGGAGUAGAGACACCCUCACACGAUGCUGCCAUGGUGUCGAAGCAAUCGCGGAGGAGGAAAUCAAAGGGUUCAUCUGGCAGUGGGUCGACAAGGAUGUUGCGAUCAAAAGGGCAAAGUCCUUCGAACGAUGCAUCCUCGUUGACAGAGCAUGGGUCAGGGACCGAACGUGGACAAGGACUAAUGAAGAUUCAGAGUCAUCUCAGCACAGUUACCGAAGUGUCCGAAGAAGGGAAUGGGUGAGAAAUGAUUAGUGGUUAGUGUA